UCUCGAGCAAAGCAACACUGUGCCGGUGACAAACAAAAACACAAUAAACAUAUUUAAGUAAAAAAAAAAAAUUAAACUCAUCAUGCCACACGGACAUUCGCACUCUCAUGGCCAAGGAUGUGGCCAUGAAGCCACGGAUGUGGAUCAUGCCUUGGAAAUGGGCAUCGAAUAUAGCCUAUAUACCAAAAUUGAUAAAGAUAAUAUGGAAUGUCUAAACGAAGAAAUUGAGAAUUCGGGUAAAACCGUAUUUAAGCCUUAUGAAAACCGUUUGGAUAUGACCAAGUAUGUCGAAAGCGACGCCGAUGAGGAGUUACUCUUCAAUAUUCCAUUCACCGGUAACAUCAAACUCAAGGGCAUUAUCAUUUGUGGAGCUAAUGAUGAUACUCAUCCCAAUAAAGUUAAACUUUUUAAAAAUAGACCCAAAAUGACUUUUGAUGAUGCCAAAGUAAAACCAGAUCAAGAAUUUGAAUUAACCCGGGACAUAAACGGGCAAAUUGAAUAUUCACCUAAAGUUGUGACCUUCUCGUCGGUACAUCAUUUGUCUUUGUAUUUUCCCAGCAAUUUUGGUGAUGAUAAAACACGCAUAUUCUAUAUUGGAUUACGUGGCGAAUUCUCUGAGGCGCAUUAUCAUGGUGUAACUAUAUGCAAUUAUGAAGCCCGAGCCAAUGCAGCCGAUCACAAGGAUAAAGCUUUCGAUGGUGUGGGCAGGGCAAUACAAUGAAUUGUUGUUUUUCUUUUCUUUUUUUAAAUUUAAGGAAAUAAACUCAUUUACUUUGUAA